AUGCCUCGCAACGACAGACCCCGAGCUUACGACCAUUUACCAUCAGAGCGCUAUCAAGGCCGUGCUUCUUUCGGAGAGCCGCCUGCAAAGGUAAAGCGAAAGGAGAUUGCGGAUGAAACACUGUCUAGGGAUUCCUGGCGUCCUCAAAACCUUGGGGUCCCCGAACAGCCAGAGUCGAGUUUCUUCUCAUCACAGCUCAAAGAGCUUGAUAUGAGCGUCAACCACGGACACCUGUCACCCGAGAUCAAGGUUCGCUAUGGUGAUACUUUCUGUCUGGCUCGAGAGCUUCUCAAGUCCCGGCCCGACUACACUGGCAACAUGGCUGUGCUGAACUGCGCUUCUGACACUGAACUUGCUGGAGGCUGGCGGCAUCGGUCUGGGACGACUCAUGAGGAUGCACUUUGCUAUUCUUCCACACUUUGGCCAACCCUUGAUAAAUGGAGUGGCACCUAUCCUUGGCGCACGACAGUUGACAGAGACGGAAAUCCAGGAGAAUGUGCAGGCAUAUUCCACCCCAACGUGGUCAACUUUCGGGAUGAGUUGGCGAAAAACUGCUGCGUCCUUGAGCGGAAGGACUGA